CAGAAGAAGCUAUCCUUCCUUUCACCAGAGAGCCUUUCUGCUUCAAAAUCCAUGGAUAACUCCUGUGCCAAAAGUCCUUUAAUUGAAGGUUGUUCUCCAAUCAAAAGUAUUUUUGAAGUUAAAUCAAAGCCCUGUAGGGAUAACGCACAGUAUCGGACUUCACUUUUCCAGAUACCAUUCCCCAUUGAUCACUUAGAGGAAGAGGAGAAAGAAAACUCUCCACCUGCCCCCAGGUUGUCACCGGAUGGCAGUACUGUAAUGCAGCUCCAUAACAUGGAUACUUUUUCAACUAAUGGUCACACAGUGGACUCAAUGGGCACUCUGACAUCUAAAGUAUACGCACAGCAUGGAGCUAUAGAAGCCACAGAUAUCCUGAAAGACAAUGACACUGUAGAAAUGGUGGAUCCUGGCGAAAUUGAAGAUGAACACAUCUGGGUUAAAGAUGCAGUCGUGUCUGAUAAUACGCCAAUGUCCAGUUUCAUGACCUGCAAUACAUUUAGUGUGGAGACUUCCCAUAUGUGCAUGUCUCCCCUAGCGGAGAGCAGUGUCAUUCCUUAUGACAACAGCAGCAUCCAGGUGGACAGUGGCUACACUACACAGACAUGUGGCUCCAGCAUAAUGGAUGGAAUUGGCACAGAGGUGAUUUACAGAGAAAAUGAUACACAGAUGUGUGAAAGUCAGAAUGGAUCUCAAAACUUCAAGGCAAAGGAGUUUUCAGCAUCAGAAGUUAAUGGUUUUAAAAUGCAAGAACCAGAGUCUCCAGAAUGUGAACGUCAGAUUCGUAAAACAAGCCAUAAAUCUCAUCAUCCAGCGCUGCACUCUGGGAUUUGGAAGCUCAGCAGUGACCCUCUAUUUAACCGCCUCAAUAAGAAUGCACGGCUUCAGAGCCCACAACAAGCUAUGGAUGGAAAACCUGUGUUGCAUUACUUGCAAUAACUUCUGACAUGAAAAAGUUUCACCUUCCCGACUGUAAACACGGAUACACUUGAUGUACAUUGUACCAAUGAAUGUGAAGAGAUGGUUUGGAUCCACUAACCUAAAAGUAUAUUUAUUAAUUUAGCGACAUCGCUGGGUGCCGCCUCACCAAGAGUUUUUAAGGACUAUUCAAAGAUGCAGAAUAAAGUGAACAUUUCAGAGUAACCGGUUUCUGAAAAGUAGACUGUUCAAAUGUUCUUCAUGUUAUGAUGGUUUUCUCAUUUAAUAUAAAUUCUAAUUGUGGGUUUUCUUUUGUAACCUUUUUCACUGACUUUCAUAUUGUGCUGCUUGGAAAAAAAUUUUUUUCCUUGGAGAGCUGAAGAGCAGUAGACUGUGUAAUAUUGAUAAGUAAGCACAUUUCCAAAUGAUUGAUGUAUACACUAGGAAAGAGGUUACUAUAAACAUUGAGAUCCCAUUAUUACUUGUAUAGUAAAUUAUGCAGUCCUUUAGUCACCACAUUUACGCUUCGUUUGUGCUCAAUACUGCAGUCCAGUUUCUGUAAACACUAGCCUUAUAAAUGUGCUUGGUAUUGGUCAUUUCACCAGCCAGUGACAAUCUAGGGUUGGAUGUUAUGGAGUUCAUUGAACGUGUGGGAUGCUGGCCAAACUCAGACCUUUUUUUUUUUUUUUUUUAGGAAGGGGUUGUCAUUAUGGUUUUGCCUUUGAAAUGACUGCCCCUUUAAAAAAAAAAAAAAAGUCCAAGUUUGCUGCAUCCCGCACGUCAGGCGAACCCAAACUCCAUGACCUCAUACUGCUGCUGUAGAGGCUAUUACUAGUAAGAAUAAUGGUAUUCUAUAAAUUCAAUAUUAUUGACCCGGUAUGGUCUGCAAAUGUGAAUAUUUACAAUCUAUUUUAGAGCAAUGAAGUGUCUAAUAACUUUUUAAUGUGUUUUCCCUUCUUUCCCCUUCCCUCCCACCCCCCUCCCCCUUCCUUGAGCAAGGGUUGAUUUUAUAACUGGAGGUCGCAAUUCCUAAAACAUAUAUAUGUGAAAUUAUGAAUGGUGUUACUUAUUUUGUCCCGAUUUUUUCCAAGUUGUGUUUUAUAGUCCAUGUUAGUUAGACACACCCUCUGAUUGCCUAAUGAUGACUGAAGUGAUUAUAUGUGGUUAUGUUCAACAGGAGGGGGUUUAGUGUUAAUAACGAUGAAUAAAUAAUUGCUGCUGGAGUGUAACAUAAAAUGUAAUCUCUGGUCAUCGACGCGAGAAUGUUGCACGUGGUCUUUUGUGUAUAGAGAAGGCCCAAUAUUCUCCAUCGAUUUUUGUACAAUGUUUAAUAUUGUGGUUCCAGAGUUUUGCUGCUCCUCUCAUAGGAGAGGCCUUACAUUUUGUAUCUUAUGUAAAUAAGUGGCUAACGGUUUGGAGGCAGUGUUUACUAGAAUUUUGUUUUAGGGAUUAUUGCCAAACCAUGUCAAAUCAUCUAUUAGAAUAAAUGUUAUUUUUAUUUGA